UAAUCCGCGCCCAUGGCGACAAUCAUCCCGCGGCGACCGUCACCUAGAAUCGUCGAUAGCCACACGCAACUGCGCACAUCGAUAUAGCUUCGCCAACGAGACUUCCCCCCUCUCGUUUUUCAGAGUUACUCCUGCCUGUCGGAAACAUGACCUUGUGGCCUUUCCGCCGCAAAGGCUCACGCACACACUCAAAAACGCCGGGCCCCGAUUCUGAUGCCGAAACCUCAAGACGCGGGCGCCAAGAAAAACCACCGUUGCGGAGCCAGACCGAACCAUACACCACGGUUACGAUUUCCGGUCCUGUGGGGGCGAAUCGAGAUGGGCCUGCCAAGUUGCGCCGGCGUCCUCGUACCUAUAGCUUCUCCCCGGGGCGUCAAGAUUCUCUACGCGUCGCAAAGGGCAAGAAAGGGCCAGUCUCAUCCAUGCCUCCGAGUGCCAUCCCCGCAGCUGCAGCUCAGGGCCGCAGGAAUCAUGUGCCCCCAACGGGGUCUAAUGAGGACGCUGCAAUUCGAGUGCCUACCUUACAUCACGACAACUCUGGGAAUAAGCGAAGAGGCCAGCCUCUACCGCGCAAGAAAUCCAGCAAGCGACGUAAAGAAGAUCAUGCCCGAGAGGCCGAGAUCAAGGCAAUGAGUCAGUUUAUGCCGGUGCGCCCCGCUACCGACUUCUGGACAGCAGGCCGCCCGAUGAAGAAGGAGAGCAAACGAAUAAGGGCGGGGUUCAAUAGGGGGAGUUGCGAUGAGCCCUCCGACAUUUCGCUGCCCGUGCUCAGUUCUAUUCAUUCGGCCAUGUCGUCAGAUUCGGAACACCUCUCCUGGAAGGUAUCUGCCCUGGACGCACUUGCGCCGCGCCCAACGCUUCGAUGUUCCACGAACCCCAUAUAUGGCCCGGUAGCCGCCGCGGCGCUGACGCGAUCUCAGUCGACGAGGCGGAAGCUUAUGGAUAGGGGCACAAUACCGGAGGCGACACUGAAGGCUCACAAGCGGGUUGAUAACUUGGCGGACGAUCUAGAUUCGGCAGACCUGCGACAGCUUAUGGAGCGAGACCAACGAAGGAGGGAGAGGAAGAAGGAGAAGGAACGGGAGAGGGUAGAGCGGCGGUUAGCUAGGAGAGCAGAAAGGCAGCGCGCAGAAGAGGCUGCAGCUGCCAAGAGCGGUACCCCGCCGCCUCAAAACCUGGAGAGGGGUGUGCUGGGUCGUGAAAGCAUCAUUGCCGGAUGUGAUCCAGCUUCGGUGGUUGUCACCUCGUCGAGAAUGAGGUCAUCAAACGACUCGAACCGUAGGCAAGAUAGCCAACAAGACGAACCGGAUGUCCGCGGCGAUUCUCCUAAGCCGUUGGAGGAAUUCCACCGUACGGACAGCAUCCCACUCGAGCCGGCCACCCCUGCCCAGGACGUUGACGCCAAGUGCAAAGCUGCGCCGGCCGUAGGGGGACCACCCUCGACGCGCUCGUUGAGUCCCAAGAUUUUGAAUUUCAUCCAACCUAGAAAGUCGCGGUCAAAAUCGCCGAAGAGUUCGGUUCGGGCGAGGUCCGAAUUCGAAACGCCGUCGCCUUCGCGGGCGAAACCGGAGGAUGCGGACUCCAGUCAGAGGACGUCUGGUAGCGGAUCGUCGAGGUCGUGGAAGUUAUUCUUCAAGUGGGGAAAGAACAAACGUGGUUCUGGCCCUUCGUCUUUCUCGAACACUUCGCGAGAUUCGAUGUCGGCGGGCCCACCGCCAGUCCACACGAAUUACAUUCAGGCUCGACGAAUGAACUCGAACAUCCCCAAGAGAACGAUGUCACGCUUCCGGGAGGACCUCCCGGAGUUACCACUCUCUCCUCCAGAUUCUCGUGUCGCAUCUCCCGAAGCUGACCCGCUACCUGUCGACCCUUUACCCGCGAUUCCCGAUGAUGUGCAAAUGCGGUACGAUACACCCAAUUCCGGCCAUCGGUCCCACGAAGCCAUGCGAGCAACCCCUAUUUCGUGGCAUCGUGAUGAAGCGCAGCCUUCACCAGCACCACAGUCCAUGUCACUCGCCUCCAUCGAUUCAGAGGCCUCUUGGCUCUCUGGCCGGAUCGGUAGGAAUCGGGCUUCAUCAGGCAUGCGAAACUCUGUUCAACAGCAUACUCAACCCGCGAUCCCAGGCGGAUCUGAGGGGCGACCUUCCUACGACCAAAAUAUUGUCGAAGACGAGUAUAUGAACAGUGUCGUUCCUACCCAGUCGCAUCGCAAGUCCACGGGUGAAGCUCGUCCUAGCAGCGACGAAGAUUACGAGAACGAAGCUAAGUGGGGUUCGGUUGACCAUAUCCCGACUGUCACGCAUCAUACAGACACCAUGAGGAGCCGGGAAGGCCUCCUGCUCCAGUCACUCGAUGAUGAUGAUGAUGAGAAGGGAGCCAGCAGAAACAGUGAUGAUGCGGAGGACCACAGCCCCGUCCAACCACAAAAGGCGAUGAGUGUUAGCCUCGCAAAGGGUCACGCGCGGAAUUUCAGUGCGGGCAGUGCUAAGCUACUUGAAAUCUCGCCCCGAGCCUCGGGAGAAAACCAAAGAGGUCUGCUCGAACACGGCACUCAGUAGUUUGGUAUAUUGACCCGGACGGGCUGGUGCAAUUGGUACUUGGGGACUAGUGGCCGGUCACAUACCACCAACCUCAGGCACGAUCUAAGACAGGAGACACGACUGCCAAUCAUUUCUCAAUUUCCUUGCCUCAUUUCUACGACGUCAGAAGAGUUCAUCUCGACGGCCCUCAUUUACAUUUCCUCGCUUUGUCAGAUACCGACCUUAUUCGUUCACUACAACUUUUCUUUGGUUUCCCAACCCGAAAAUCUUUCAAAAAAAUUGAUGAAAAUAUCAGAAAAGAAACAAGUCUGUCUCCUAAGUCGAAUAUCGAGGCCGGCACCCUUGGUAUGAGGUCAAUCCAAGCCACCACAUUAACACCAAUACCCUCCGAGCUUCACAUAGCCAAUACUGGCUCUUCUCCGGCCAUUGCCUUAC